AUGCAAUUGAAGCGUAAAUCUUUCUCUGAGUGGAAAGAACGACGAGUCCGACGUGCUUACGUAUAUAUUCGGGGAGAGGGCGCGGUAGAGAAGGCGCUGAAGCUCAGUGGAAGUGAGAUGGAUGGGCACAAACUAGUUGUUAAUACGCUAUGGUUUACCCCUCCUACAGGAACCAGUCGAAUACGCAGGGACGAAGUGGUGGCUGUUACGGGAUAUGACACUUCGCUUCCUAGUAAGCUUAUCAAGAGCGCAUUCGUCUAUGCUGACGUUUAUGGAAAAGGCGCAAAGGAGAAGGACAACAUGGGAGAUUCCCCGCCAUGGGCUACACUCGAUGGCGAGCUUCCUUUCUAUGGCUUACUUCCUCUCUCAGAGCGUCUUGCCAACCCUAACUGGAAGGAGCAGUUGAUUGAGGGCUGGAGGAAGAAGAAGAUGGCCCAAGCAGCAGAAGAUGAUGACGCAGAAGAAGGUGGCCCAAGCAGCUCUUUAAGGCUUUAA